AUGUCAAAUUCUUCAGACUCUGAACAACCACCAGUAAUCACAGAGCAGGCAGAAACAAUCACUAUUGAAGAUGUAGAAACACCACUUGCCCUUCCUCCUCCGCCUCCUACAGAAGAUGAGUGGGAACCAAGUCCUGAAAACACAAACACAAGAGCCUCUUCUACCACCUAUUCUUUGUAUGCAGUAAUUCCUGUGAUCCUUGGAGUCUUCAGCCUUUUGCUCAUGAUUUUAUGUGGAUUCUUUGGUUACCAAUACUUCCGAGGUCUUCAGGCAUCAGAGAGCAAGAUGAAAAAUCUUAAUCAAUGGAUUGAGUCUUUUCAAAAGAAAUCAGAGAUAUUUACUGAAGCCCAAAGGGUUCUUGACCAAAAUAAAGAAACCCUACAACAAAUCCGAAAUCAGAACAUAUUUCUCAUUGAGGCUCUACAAGAAUUCAACAAGGCUAACCAAGGAGACAGGUGUGGAUCUCCUCUGAAUCACUGGAUUCAAUACAAAGAUACCUGCUACCACAAAACCUGGAAAAAAGUCACUUGGUUCAACUGUACUAGUCUUUGUGUCUCUUUCAAUGCUACGUUUUUAAAAAUAGGAAGCCCAAGUUUAAUGAAUUUCCUGAAGUUAUAUUCAGUAAGUCAUACUUGGCUUGAAGAACAUAAUAAGGAAGAGGACAAGGAGUUGAGUUGGGAGGAUGACGCUAAGUCAUCUCUGGACCCGGAUUUAUCAGAGUCAACUGUGGAUAUGAAAAAGAAGUGCCCAUACUUAAAUGCACUCACCAUUGGUACUGAUGACUGCAGCAAAUAUUAUUCGUGUAUGUGUGAAAAGAAUGCUCAAGACAAAUUAUGA